AUGAAUUACAUCAUCGGCGCCUUCAAGCCGCCCUGCGACAUCUUCGUCACCUUCUCCGAUGAGAGGACCCGGAAGCAGGUGCAGAUCAAGAAGGACAAUGGGAAGACUAUCAUGGUGCCGGCCUUCCAGAGCCUUGAGACCAUAGCUGGAGAGGUGUCGAUCGCUCCGGUUCCAGGUAAAAGGCUUGAGCACACGGGUGUGAAGAUUGAGCUGCUGGGUCAGAUAGAGCUAUAUUUUGACAGAGGCAACUUCUACGACUUCACUUCAUUAGUGCGUGAAUUAGAUGUUCCUGGUGAAAUAUAUGAAAGGAAGACUUAUCCAUUUGAGUUUGCUACUGUUGAAAUGCCAUACGAGUCAUAUAAUGGGACAAAUGUUAGAUUGAGGUACAUCCUGAAAGUAACAAUUGGCAGAAAUUAUGUUGGCAGCAUUGUGGAAUCGCGGGACUUCUGUGUAAGAAACUACUCUCCAGUUCCCACAAUCAACAACAGCAUCAAGAUGGAAGUUGGCAUUGAAGAUUGCUUGCAUAUUGAAUUUGAGUACAGCAAAAGCAAGUAUCAUCUCAAAGAUGUCAUCAUAGGAAAGAUAUAUUUUCUUCUGGUCAGAAUUAAGAUUAAGAACAUGGAGCUUGAGAUUCGUCGCCGUGAAUCUACAGGGUCUGGUCCCAACACAUACGUUGAGACUGAGACACUAGCAAAAUUUGAGCUUAUGGAUGGCGCCCCAGUUAGAGGAGAAUCGAUUCCAGUGAGACUAUUCUUGACUCCAUAUGAGCUUACCCCAACUUACCGAAACAUAAACAACAAGUUCAGUGUCAAGUACUACCUGAACCUGGUCCUUGUCGAUGAGGAAGACCGGAGGCUCCUAUCCUUGCUAAGAGUUGGAACCAGCCAGAGGCUUUUUGGUUUAACCCUGCAAGAGAACGCCAAAGUUAGUGACCUUACUUUUGGCCCCGCCCGGUACAUAAUUCUCCUGAAGAGCAAUGCAGUCCUUAUGGCUUGUCUCAACACUGGUUCCUGUAUUCAUGUACGAUCUUGGGCUCCUGAAUUUUUCUAUGGGUCAGAAUACUAUACCUAUACCUUCACAUAUGGCCAGAGGUUGCAGGGAAGAACCCCCAGGGCCGGGCCUGGCCGUAGCCUGCAUGAAAAGAAGCUGAGGACAGAAAGAUCCAUGAACAAGAAGUUCUUAGAUGCGUCCCUUCAACGUCCUGCUCAUGCUGGUAAUCCUAGCCUCUGUACAAGCUCGACAAGUGGGCAUAUAUUGCCGACCGUCGCAACGAUGGGCUGA